AUGGUCAAUUCCUGUUGUGGCUCUGUCUGCUCUGAGGAGGGCUAUGGCCAAGGCUGCUGCCAGCCCAGCUGCUGCCAGCCCUCCUGCUGCAGGACCACCUGCUGCUGCCCCAGCUGCUGUGUGUCCAGCUGCUGCAGGCCCCAGUGCUGCCAGUCUGUGUGCUGCCAGCCCACCUGCUGUCGCCCAAGCUGCUGCCGCCCCUCCUGUUGCAUUUCUAGCUGCUGCAGGCCUUCUUGCUGCCGCCCCAGCUGCUGUGUGUCCAGCUGCUGCAGACCCAGCUGCUGCCAGUCUGUGUGCUGCCAGCCCACCUGCUGUCGCCCAAGCUGCUGCAGGCCCAGCUGCUGUGUGUCCAGUUGCUGCCGCCCCUGCUGUAGCAGUUCCAGCUGUUGUGGAACCAGCUGCUGCAGACCCAGCUGCUGCAUUUCUAGCUGCUGCCGCCCCAGCUGUUGCCAGACCAGCUGCUGCCGCCCCAGCUGCUGUGUGUCCAGCUGCUGCAGGCCCCAGUGUUGCAUCUCCAGCUGCUGCUGCCCCACCUGCUGCCAGACCACCUGCUGCAGAACCACCUGCUGCCGCCCAGCAUGCUCUAGUGGUUCUUGCUGCUGAGCACUGUCACCCACAGUCUCCUGUCCUUCAUCACACAGGAGUCCUGAUAUAGACCAUCCGUGUUCUGAAUCCCAAGAGACCCAUUAUAAAACCUCUAACACAACUGAGAUUGAUUGGGACAACAAAUAUAUUGCCCAACUCCCAUCGGCUUGGAGUUUGUCUAACAUGAACACACAUUUGAGCUUUCUUUGAGCUCUGUAAACUUUUGCAGUAAUUUGUUCUGUGCCAUACUUAAAAAAGAAAACAAGUUUCCUACAUCCUAAAUAAAUCGAAAGUUUGAAGGUACAUAAA